AUGUCCGAAACGUUCCAUCCCUUUCCCCGUCUCCCCGCGGAGCUGCGACUGGCCAUCUGGAAACUCGCCGUCCGCUCUGGAGGCAAGACCCUCCCGGGAGUGCACUUCUUUGGUAUCGUCAUCCCCGGAGAAGAUGAAGACGUCUAUUCCUUGAUGAGCCAGAGUUUGAUACGACGAAAAAUGACCGGCUUCAGAGACUAUUACGUGGUUGGACCACGGUGGAUGACGGUAUCUACCGAAGAUCGCUUCGUCGGCAUCAAGCGGGAACCUGCUUCGUGGACCGACAAUAAUCCCUCAACCUAUUUAAUCGACUGCGGCCUCUGGCUAGCCUGCUGGGAGUCCCAACAUGUGAUACACCAUGCCUUUGACGGGUUGGUGCAGCGCACGCCCUACAGCCAAAUCCCCUGGGGGAUCAAAGACCGCCCCAUCGCCGUCUACCCAGACCAAGAUCUCUUUUGCUUUCAGCCAUAUGACUGGUACACCUUCGAACUCAAUUUCGCCGAUUUCCUCGGCGAUUUCUUUGGCGCCUUCGUCCAAAACAUAGCUAUUGACUACGUUCCGUAA